GUCAGAAAUCGCAUGGAAUUCAUGUUAUUGUUGUAAUUUUUAAUGUGCUUAAAUUAUUUAUAUUUUACUGCAAUAUGUCUAAAAACAAAUUAUUUGAAGAGGAUUCUGAUGAUGAAGUUACAUUUAAAACUGAAAAUGAAUACGCAAAAAGAUAUGACGCAUGGCGCGAAAAAGAGGAAAUGCAUAAAUUGGAACAAAAGUACGGUUCGAAGGCUUUAAAUGGUGAACUGUCUUCAUCAUCUGACAGUGAAGAUGAGAGUGAUGAACCACCUGAAGUCAAUGAGGAGUUGGAGAAACAGUUUCUCAAAACUUUAGCAUUGUUAAAAACCAAAGAUCCAAGGAUCUACGAUUCUAAUUAUAAUUUUUUUGAUACAGAAGUGAAAAAAGAUACUGAAAAAGAGACCAAGAUGAAAACAUUGACUUUUGCUGACAGCGAUGAUGAUGAUGAGGAUGAUGAUGGCAAUAUAUUUAGUAUUGAGAAGAAAGCUGUGGUUAAUAUGGAAAAUAAAAGUGAAGCCAAUACAAAGAAUAAACAAACGGGUGGCAAACUUAAGGACUAUCUCACAGGCAAAGCUGAACACAUAGAUGAUGAGGUGGAGAAAGAGUUAGCACCCCUGAAGGCGUUAUGGUCAGACCCCAAACUGAACGAUGGGGAAGCCUUCCUCAGAGACUACAUACUGAAUAAGAAAUAUUUAGAGGACGGCGAUGUCGGUGACGCCGCGGACAAGAUCCGUGACGAUGACGACUUGGAAGCGGACGAAAAGAUGGUGGAGGAGCAGGGUAAAUUUGAGAGGGCUUACAACUUCCGGUUUGAAGAACCCGACGAGGAAUAUUUAAAACGGUUUCCGCGCACAAUGAACUACAUCCGGCCGAAGGACGACCGGCGCUCGCGCAAGCGAGCCGAGCUGCGCGCGCGCAAAGAAGACGAGAAGAAGAAGAAAAUGGAGGAGAUCGCGCGGCUCAAGGCGCUGAAACUGAAGGAGAUACAGGAGAAAAUUGCCAAGAUCAAAGAGGUCACUGGAAAUCAGGAUCUCGCGUUCGAGGAGCAAGACAUCGAGGGUGACUUCGACCCGGAGGAGCACGACCGCCGCAUGCGCGCGCUCUUCGACGACGAAUACUAUGGGGAAGCCGACACGGAGAAGCCAAGAUUCCCCGACCUCGAUGAAGAACUUGAGAUUGAAAAUUGGGAUAAUUAUGAGCCUGAACAGAGCCAAGCGGUACAGCAACACGGUGAUACUGAGCCGCAUUGCGAGGACGAUGACUUCAAUAUGGAUGCCGACUACGAUCCGAAACAAGCUCGAGCGAACCUUCUCGAAGAAAUCCAACAGGGGCUCGUUAAAAAACGCCGGAACCGGAAGCGCAAGUCCAAGCUUCACCAUUUGCUCAGCGUGGAGAAACCCAAGUUUGUCCCAACUGCGGCGGAUAAGACUUACGCCGAGUAUAUGGAGGAAUAUUACAAGAUGGACUGCGAAGAUGUUAUAGGUGGUGACCUGCCCACUAGGUUCAAAUAUAGGGAGGUGGUGCCCAAUGACUACGGCUUGACUAUUGAGGAGAUUCUGCUAGCAGACGACAAGGAGCUCACACAGUGGGUGCCGCUGAAGAAGAUCGUGAAGCACCGGCCCGACACUGUGGAGAAGAGCGAGGUGAAGACGUACGCGCAACGGGCGCAUGACCUUCGCCUGAAGAGGAAGGUGCUGCCCAGUCUCUUCAAGGACUUGCCUGAGGAACCACAAAUAGUAGUACCUGUCGAAGAAGGGUCAAAAAAGAAAAAAAAUAAAAAGAAAGAUGUAACAGUUAAUGAAACUGAACAUGAGAACGAAAAUAAUGAGAUUGAUAACUCCAGCACUGAAGUAAAUACUAAAAGAAAGAAGAAACGGAAAGAAGCUGUUGUAGAUACUGAAGAAGAAGUCAAUAAAGAACAUAUAGAAGGAAAAGAUCUAGAAGAAACAAAUGAUUUUAGUAAUUCGAAUAAUAGUUUCGCAGAAGAUAAUGAUAAAAACCUCUUAAAUGGAAAUGAUGGGAAAAGGAAAAAGAAGAAAAGACAUAAUAAUAGCUUGAAUUAUAAUAUUUCAAUAGGAAACAUAGAUUCUGUGGAGAAAAGUAAAGAUAAAGUUAAAAAGAAAAAGAAGCAUAGAGAUGGAUUUAUCGUGGAAUCCAUAGCCAAUGCAGAGCCCAGUCAAGAAAGCGAUGAGGGAACAGCAUCUAAUGUACCACGAAAAAAUUCUAAUAAUAUCAACAUGGACGAUCAGAAAGGUAAUUUGAAACGUAAAUUUGGUACAAAUCCAGAUAACCAAGUGCCGAACAAAAAGAAAAAGAAGAAAACUAAACAAAACAUAGAAUUUUCAAAUAAUAACCCAACCAAGAAAGAAUUCAUUAAGAAAAAUAAAUUUAAAAAUAAACAAGCACUAGAUAGUUCAACACAGAAUCCUCUCGGCAAAUUGUCAGAUGAGAGGCUAAAAGCCUAUGGAUUGAAUCCUAAGAAAUAUAGAAGUUUCUUGAAAUAUAAGAAGUUUUAAAAUAGAUUUAAACUUGUAUCGUGAUCACCUUACUUUCCACCUUCUAGGAUUGACGCAGAAUGUUAUAAUUUACAUUUAUGUAUUAUAUUAUAUAAAAAACUAUUUUGU